AUGGCUUCCCUCCACGGAAUCAUGGUGGCCUUGAUCACCCCCUUCACUGACGACAAGACCGCAAUCGACCAAGACCGUCUCCAAGCACACAUCGAGCACCUCAUCACAGCAGGCGUGCACGGUCUAGUUCCAGGCGGUAGCACAGGCGAAUUCACCACAAUGACAACCGCCGAGCGCAAGCAGCUGACAGAGCUUUGUGUGAAGUUUGCCGCUGGUCGGGUUCCCGUCGUGGCCGGCACCGGCAGCCUUUCAUCCACGGAGGCGAUUGAGCUCUCCGUUCAUGCCGCGCAAGCAGGCGCUGCCGCGAUCAUGGUCGUGCCCCCUUUCUACGAUCCCCUCAACCUGGAACAACUCCACGAGCUACUCUUAGAGAUCCACACAGCCUCAAACCUGCCUAUUGUCUUCUAUAAUAUCCCUGCUGCCUCGGGGCUGACGUUGUCCCCCUCUGAGAUUGCGGGUCUGUCCAAGGUCGGCGUCAAGUAUCUAAAGGAUACCUCUGGUAAUGCGACGGCGCUGACGGAGCUGAUCUUUGGUCUCUCUGAUCAGAUUAUUUCAUUCAAUGGAUGGGAUACUUUGACUUUCUAUGGUCUUGCUGCUGGUGCGCCGGGUGGAAUCUGGGGCGCGGCGAAUAUUAUUCCUGAGUUGGCAGUUGAUCUUUAUGAGGCGGUUUCAGUGAAGGGAGAUUUGAAGCUUGGGCGUGAAAUUUGGGCUAAGGCUUGGCCGAUUUGCAAUUUCCUUGAGUCGCAUAGCUAUUCGGCUGCUGUCAAGACCGGUGUUGAGUUGAUUGGGCAGCCUACCGGUGGUUUGCGCAAGCCUUUUGCUCUUCUCAGCCCGGAGUUGACGGCAGAACUUAAGAAAUUGCUGCAGAAUGCUGGGGUUAAGACUAUUUAG